AUGGAUAUUCUUAAUAGUCGUUAUUUUAUAAUCAAUAAAACUCUUAUGAUAAAUUGUGGUGUUUGGCCGUACGAAAAGCCCAUAAAAAAUAUUAUUAAACGCCUGCUCGGCUUAAAGAAACAUCUCGGAUUGAAUACCGACAACGCAAUUGAACAUAUAAUGAUAAUUCUUUAUAUAAUUAUAAUUCUUAUAAAACUCAUAACCUCGAUUACUACUCAAACUCAGUUAAAAUUGGUGCUCGAUAGCAUAAUUUAUAAUUGGAGUAUUUUUAAUGACGAGCACGAAAAAAGCAUACUUAUUAAAUAUGCCGAAAAAGGAAGAAAACUUACCAUUUUUUAUAUAACUUAUAUGAUUACAGCCCUAAUUGGAUUCAUUACGAUACCCAUCACUUCCAUAUUUUUAAAUAUCAUAAAUCCAUUAAACGUUACUCGACCCCGGAUUCAUGUCUUUAAUGGAGAGUUUUUGAUCGACAUGCAAAAACAUCAUAAUAAAAUUUAUAUUUUCGAUUGCUGUAGUUGCAUCAUAACAUCAAUUUUGAAUUGUGCUGCCGACUGCAUGUAUGCAGUUAGUGUUGAAUAUUGCGUGGCACUCUUUGCUAUAGUCAAGUUCAGAUUAUAUAUGUCAUUAACGUCCAUUGAUCAAAAUAAAUUACACCCAUCCAAACAGAACGAUGUAUCAUACAAUUUAAUAGUGAAAACUAUAAAAUUACACAAGGAAGCAAUAAAUGUUUUAAAUAUUCUGGAAUCGUCAUUUUCUUUUCGUCAAUUGAUUUUGAUGGGAAUAAAUAUGGUAAUUUUUAGUUUAACAUCAGUUUUGAUUCUAACAAAAACGGGCCAAACGUUGCAAAUACUUCGAUACACUUUGGUUCUUAUUGGAAUGUUUAUACAUCAAUUUUAUACAAUUUGGCCAGGACAAAAAGUACUUGAACACAGUGAACAUUUAUUUCAUGAAGCUUAUACUACGGAAUGGUAUCAGACUUCUAGUAGAACUAAAAUAUUAUUAAAAUUUUUAAUUCUUCGUUGUUGUAAGCCUUGUCAGCUAACUGCAGGAGGAAUAUAUAUUUUAAAUUUCGCCAAUUUUUUAUCGGUUUUCAAGACUUCUAUAUCAUAUAUUACAGUAUUUUAU